AACCUCAGCAGAUUCGAAUUUUAGGGUUUUUUUCACCACCUUAGAUUUCGCGUCGAUGUCGUCCAAUCCUCACAGAGGCGGUGCGGGUGGUUCUCUAUACGGCGGAGCUGAUCCAUAUAGAUCCAGAGAAGGGCUUAGCACUAGAAAUGCUUCAGGUUCAGAGGAAAUUCAGCUGAGGAUUGAUCCUAUGCACUCUGAUCUUGAUGAUGAGAUCAUAGGUCUCCAUGGCCAAGUCAGGCAAUUGAAGAAUAUUGCUCAAGAAAUUGGGUCAGAAGCAAAGUCUCAGAGGGACUUCUUAGAUGAACUGCAAAUGACAUUGAUCAGAGCGCAAGCUGGGGUGAAGAACAACAUAAGGAAACUGAACAUGAGCAUAAUCCGUAGUGGCAACAACCACAUCAUGCAUUUUAUGGUGGUAUCGUCCGUAGAGGAUAAAGUCUCUACACUAUCUUCGGCUUCGUCGCGUUUAUGGAAUCCUGCUGCUUCCAACGGCAAGAUUUGCGUUCCUUCUGCUUCGCUUUCUCUGCGUUCGGGUUCUAGACAAUCUCUGUCGUCUUCUCUCACCUCUUCCGCUUCUUCGCAAUUGCUUCAUUGCUCGUUUCUCUCCUCACCUCUUUCCCUAGCGUCUCCAUUUUCUGGUUUAUCCAUUGCGUUUGAUCUCAGCAGUCAAACUAGUGGACUGAACAGCCAGAGACGCAGAGGCCUUGUGGUGAGAGCUGGAAAAGCUGCUCUGUGUCAAACAAAGAGAAGCAGAUCAAGAAAAUCUCUGGCUAGGACUCAUGGUUUCCGUAGAAGGAUGAGGACCACUAGUGGUAGAGCAACCAUAAAGCGCCGACGUGCCAAGGGACGCUGGAACCUCUGUCCCAAGUCCAACCCUAGCAGCGGCAAACGGGCUUGAAAUUUGUUUCUCUCUUCACUCAAAUCUGUAAUCUUGUUUGAUAUGCUUUUUUAUUCCGCCAGAAGAUACAAUGAGAAACAUGGUUCGUUGAGCUCGUUUCUGUGUUGAACUCUUUUGCAUCCUUGAUUCGUUUAUAAAUCAAUGUUCUUGAA